GUGGUCGUCGUACGUAAUCGAUCGGGACUUGCAUCAGCCCGAAGCAUAGCACCGUCGAUCGGCAGUUCGCACGAGUAGACGGUCACUUGCUCGGGUUGUUGCACGUGCCCAUCGAUUAGCCUCUCUCCAUAUCUCCUCCUCCCAACUGCCAUCUAUCGCGUUACAUCGCAGCGCCAUCCCUCUAGCUGGCUGCCCGCUGCAGACAAAGUCUUGCGCUUCGUCUGGUGUGAACUUCAGCCGAGAACGAGAGUACGAAUCGGCAGAGCGCGAAGCUAGCCAGCAAAAGUGUGUGUGUGUGUGUGUGUGUGUGUGAGUGUGUGUGUGUGAGUGUGUGUGAGAGAGAGAGAGAGAGGGAGAGAGAAGCUUGGGUUUGUGUGUGGUUCGGUGAUCAGAAGAGUGACACUGUUCACGCUUUUACUCUCCGAUCGCGAGCUGCGAGCUAUCGUCGGUUGGCAAUUGCUUGAGAGGAGGGGUGAGUGAGUGUCUGAUUCUUCUACGUCGGAGGGCUCACCCCGCAAGCGAGAAUGCCUCCUCUGGGUGCUUUGUCGGGCGGGUCCAGCGACUCGGUUGCAUGCAGCGCUUACACCUCCUCCUCCCCUUCGCCCAUGACGGCGGGCUUUCUGGCGCACGGGUUGGAGAAAGACCUGUACUGGCCGGAGCAGCGCCUUCGGGUCUGCGUCACUGGUGCUGGCGGGUUCAUUGCCUCGCACCUGGCUCGGCGGCUUAAGUGUGAGGGUCAUUAUGUGGUGGCAGCGGACUGGAAGCGCAACGAGCACAUGACGGAGGAGAUGUUCUGCGACGAAUUCCGCCUCGUCGAUCUCCGGGUGAUGGACAACUGCAUGGACCUGACACGUGGGAUCGAUCACGUGUUCAAUCUCGCAGCAGAUAUGGGCGGCAUGGGCUUCAUUCAGUCCAACCAUUCUGUCAUCCUCUACAACAACACGAUGAUCAGCUUCAACAUGCUGGAGGCGGCCAGGAUCAACGGCGUCAAGAGGUUCUUCUACGCAUCCAGCGCCUGCAUCUAUCCCGAAUUCCGCCAGUUGCAGACCGACGACGUCUCGCUGCGUGAGGAGGACGCAUGGCCUGCUGCGCCUCAAGACGCCUACGGACUGGAGAAGCUGGUGACUGAGGAGUUGUGCCAGCACUACACCAAAGACUUCGGCAUGGAGUGUCGGAUUGCCAGAUUCCACAACAUCUUCGGCCCGUACGGGACUUGGAAGGGCGGGCGGGAGAAGGCCCCGGCUGCCUUCUGCCGCAAGGUGAUCUGCAGCGGGGGCAAGUUCCAGAUGUGGGGUGAUGGCAAGCAGACUCGCUCCUUUACCUUCAUCGACGAGUGUGUGGAGGGCAUUCUCCGUCUCACCAAGUCCAACUGCCGCGAGCCUCUCAAUCUCGGGAGCGAUGAGAUGGUCAGCAUGAACGACAUGGCCAAGAUGAUCAUGUCCUUUGAGGACAAGAAUCUGCAAAUUGUGCACAUCCCGGGCCCUGAGGGUGUGCGGGGAAGAAAUUCCAACAACGACCGCAUCAAGGAGGAGCUCGGCUGGGCACCCAGCAUGCGGCUCGUCGAUGGGCUCAGGAUCACGUAUGCAUGGAUCAAGUCACAAGUAGAGGAGGAGGCAAGGAAGGGAGUAGACGUAGCCGCCGAGUUUGCGUCGUCCAAGGUGGUCGGGACCCAGGCGCCCGUGCAACUGGGAUCGCUGCUCCAGAAAGAUGACGACAACAACAAGUCCUCCAGCUCCGCGUUCAUGGAGAAGAAGAAGGCGGUAGCUGUUGUCGUCAACGGUGAUGCCAGCCCGGCUGCCAUGGCUGCUCCAACCUCGUAGUCGCUUGCUGGUGUCACACAGAGAGAGAGAGAGAGAGAGAGAGAGAGAGAGAGAGAGAGAGAGAGAGAGAGAGAGAGAUUGUUAGCAUAUACUUACCCCACCCUCUCCGAAAAAGAGGGGAGCUGUAGGGUUUUCAGGAGGAGGAAGGGAGGUAUCUUUGUCUCAAGGUCUCAAUCAUGAAUAUAUCUCUUAAAGUCGUGUCAACCAUAAAUGUCACUCUUUUUGAAAGUCAUCCCAGUUCUGUGAUGUGGCUUUUUCGGCUCGUUUGGAAUUUCGGGAUUCGGUUCGUGGACUGCCACUUGCCAGCAAUCACUAUCUUCUCUCUCUCUCUCUCUCUCUCUCUCUCUCUCUCUCUCUCUCUCUCUCUCUCUCUCUCUCUCUCUCUUCCUUAGAGAUGGUAGAGUUCUGACGAAGCAAAGGUCACCAAGCAGAAAUUAAUCAUGGUGAAGGUCACCAAGCAGAAAUUAAUCAUGGUGGACGAUUUUGUGGUUUAAUACACCCCGCUGUGACCCCGUUAGCCCGGAUCUC